AGCGUCUCCCGGACUACACUGUGCGUAGUAGGCUCCCGCCCCUUUUACAUAUAAAAAUCAUGCGGCAGCGCAGCGUCGCGCAGCCUGUCCAGGACGCACGGAGUGACAAAUUAGAUAAGGACACCCCGUUAGAUAUUCUCAGGACACGAACACGGCAAACAGGACACGGCAAACUAUGACAGGGCCGUUCCUUGUCUAUACUGUGCUCCUGUUGUUGGACUCUGUGAAUGCUGCAAUUUCAUCGCACGGUAGGUCCUUAGGAACGAUAAGUUGUGUGAAAUGCUUGGACGACGGCUGCCUAAAUGCAACCAAAGUCUGGCGUUCACAAAACGGGACGGACGACAACGUGUGGCCCCAAAACGGCUCGGGGAAUUCCAUUCCAGUGUGCGGAUUUUACUCACCCCCGUCUGAAACAUGGUACCAUGUUUGCCAGAAAAACCACACCGUCUUCAUGGUAACCAACGAUUCAGAGGCAAGUGUAUCUUUCACACUUGAAGCAUCUGGAAAGGACUUGAAAUCUGAGAGAAAGACUGGAAACGAAUGCCCCACGUUGGAGCCAGAGCCACCGACAACAGCGAUAAGUUGUGUGAAAUGCUUGGACGACGGCUGCCUAAAUGCAACCAAAGUCUGGCAUUCACUAAGUGGGAAGGACAACAACGUGUGGGACAGAAACGGCUUGGGGAACGCCAUUCCAGUGUGCAAGUUCUACUCACCCCCGUCUGGAACAUGGUUCCACGUCUGCAAGAAAAACGGCACUGUUUUCAUGGUGACCAACGACACACAGGCAGGUGUGUCUUUCACACUUGAAGCAUCCGGAAAGGACCUGAAAUCUGAGAGAAAGACUGGAAAUGAAUGCCCCACGUUGGAGCCAGAGCCACCGACAACAGGCCCCGCACUGGAGUGUUGCAGUGUUGGGCGUGACGCGACGCCCUGUGCUACAGUCCCCUGUAGCCACGCCCCCGGCCCCCCCUGGCUGUCCCCAGUCUGCCUCACCUGUUUGAUGAUCAUCCUGAUCUGUUCAUCCUGUUACUGUGGAUUCUCUUGACUCUUGCAUUUUAUUCCUUAUUAUUUACAAGAUUUUAAAUCAACUUUAAUGUUUUUUCCCAUAAUUGAAUUCUAAGAAAUCUCCUUUGAAAUGAAAUGGGACAAAUAAAUGUAAUGCGAUGUAAUACUCUGCACUAAAAAAUUUUAAUAAACU